GAUUGACUGAUAUUGAGUUCUGAACAUGAAUCUUUCUCGGUCCUCGACGCUCGUAGGCCUGUUGGCGUAUGUGCUAAUGGCAUGUGUUUGCAUGGCGGCGGACGUCACAAGGAGCUCGUACGAAUGUGCCGGAAGUACUCUGACUCAGUCGCUGAUGGUCAACUACGCGUUCACGUACACGAUAUACAGGCCGAACACCAGCGUGACAUACAGGACGAUGAGUACAGAAGACGCGAUCAACAAGGUGAGGAACGGUGAGAUAGAUUGCGCCAUGACAGAGCACUUCGUCAAGGACUCAGAAGACAUCACGCAGGUGGCGAGCUUCCUAGUGCCGUUGUCGGUGAUCUACAAUCCCCCGAGAGAGUCCAACAAAAAAAGCAGCGUGUCCAUGGUCUUGAACUUGACGAUCGAGGACGUCGCCAAGAUUUUCAUGCGUAAUAUCACCAAGUGGUCCUACUUCUUGCCGGAAUACGGCGACGACGGCCUCGAAGACGCAGACAUCAGAUUGAUAAUCAGAACGGAUAAUUGUUCUGAGAACUACUACCUGACGUCGGCCUUCAGCAAGGUGGGCGUGUGGAGUGAGAAGUUUGGAACCGAGCCGAGGUACACCUUCCCGCAAGAACUGUACGAAAAUGGCGGGAGCCUCAUCAUCAAGACAGAGUAUUACAACGGCAUAGACUCGACCGUCCUGACGGUCCCCGGAUCGAUUUCUUAUACGGGUUUCGCCGCAACUCUGGAGCUGAGAGAGUUCACUCACUUCGUCAACUUGCGGGACGGCGCCGGCUCCGAGGAGUUCCUCGAGGGCUCAAGCUCCAACUACACGGCGCUGAUGGACUCCAUCAACGACUACAGCUUUUUCGAAGAACACACGGACUUCGCCUUGUACAACCUCGCUGGAACGUGGCCAAUAGGGGGCGUCAUCUUCACCGUCUUCUCGAAAUACACCGAACCGCUCAGCACUUGCAGCGGACGAAGGGAGCUGAUGUUAUUCUGGAAUUGGGUCUACAGCGAGGCCAAAACGCGAUCCUACCUUGACCUGCUGGGCAUCACGAAAAUGAAAGACUCAAUCAACGACGACGUACUCGAGCUGAUACGAAACAACGUCACGUGCUCCAACGGGCUUCCAGCGGCAGGACUCCUUCCCCGAGAACAACACACGCCUCGCGGAGCAUUUCUCGCCGGAUUUCUGAUCACGCUAAUCCUCGGCGUCAUUUCACUAGGAGUCGUAGUCGCAUACGUCGCCAAGGAAUUCAGGUCAAUUCCACUCCCCGCAAUCGUGUUCAUCAUAUUUCUACUCCUGGGCGCCACGUCGAACCUCGUAUCCCUGGUUUUCUACUACAAAAUACCCACAAGCAUGUGGAUUUGUCAAGCGAGAGUCUGGCUGAGCAGGCUCGGACUCAGUUUCAUGUUCACGGCCGUAUUCGUUCGAGCGUUCCAGAUUCGAGCCAUUCACGCCAUCGGCCGAAAAUCAAGGAUCCUCACGACCAAAAAAAGCAAGGCUAAAGGAAUCAUAAACAUGGCCCUGUCCUUCUCGGGAUUAAUCGGGCUAGAACUGCUCAUCAUGAUCCUCUGGUCGGCCAUAGACCCUUUCCAUCCAAAAAUGGACAAAAUCGAAGAAGUCGGAAGAACCUUCGAAUACUUCUGCACCUCCGACUACCAACUCGCCUGGAGUCUCAUCAACCUCGCCUACUUGUGUCUACUCCUCUCCUUCGGUCUUUACGUCGUCUACAACACCUGGGACAUGAAAUACCUGGUCUUGGAAAGCAAGUGGAUGGCUAUCUGCAUCUACAACGCCGCAUUCAUUCUCAUCCUCGUCGCGACCACAGAAAUGAGCAUUUACAACCUAAACGACGACAUGGUCUUCUGGAUAGAGUCUCUCGGUGUCGGAUUCGUGACCAUACUCACUUUGCUCGCCCUCUACCUCCCCAAACUAUUCAGGUCCAGGCUAACCAAUCACGACUCGGAGAGCGAAGAAGGGAGCUUCAACUCCGCUGGAACGUAG